GCAUAAUAUUAUUCUCAAUAGUGUUUAUAAUACUUUGUCCUUUAAUAGGCACUAUUCAAUUAAAACGGUUCUAAAUGUUAUGUUACAAGCUCUUGGUCUGUUUAAAAAUAUUUGUAAUUAUAAACGGCUUACAGAUUCCAUUUUUCUUUAAACCAAAAGAAGACGAUUUUAAAAAGCAAUUAGUCGAAGCUGUAUACAGAUAUGACCAACAAAUACAACCACCUGCAGGUAAAAACUGUAAAAACCUAUCACUCGACAAUGGUUACCAGAAUGGAUUUUUAUCACAAGAAAUAUUUGAGCGUUUUGAAAAUGAUCUGUUUUUGAUCUUAAAACAAAUUUAUAGCUAUUACGUAGCCAAAUUACCCGAUAAAAAAUCGAUUAUUCGAGCAAUAACUAAAGAAUCAUCAGAAAAAUUUAAAAUAACAAUAUUUUCGGAAUUUGAAUUGACGAUUUGUUCACUUAUUCCUCGGUGUUUGGAUUUUAUCUUGAUUUGCGCACCCAAAAGUUCGUUAAUACUCGCAAUAGGCAAAUGUCAUAGACUGCUCUGUCACACUUUACCAGCGUUAGUUGCACAGAUAUGUACCCCGGACGAAAUUAAUAGUCAGAUUUAUUCGUGCAGCAUCAAAAGAAUUAAUAUAUUACGUAAACAAAUUGAACGCAUAGAGAACUUGAAACCCGUUUAUCUACAGGAAAAUUACCAGGACUUCAAGGCCGUGGAGUUUAUUAUAAACGCCCAUAGAUGCAUAAUAAAUAUCGAUAAAACAGAAAUUAUCAAGAAUAAUAUACAAAUGUAUAACAAUAAGCCUCCGAUCAAUGAAUUUAUUUUUGAAACGGUAAACCACGAUUAUACAAAUAUAAAAUUUAAUUUAGCAGAAUUACACAAUAGGGAUGAAAAAAAAAACGAACUUAUCGAACAAUUCGAAUUUUUAAAUAGUAAUUAUGUAACCUCACAAAUUCAAAAUAAAUGUGAUUCCUCGAAUAUGUUAUUGAACAUUAACCAAAUUAAACUUCCAAUAUCGAUGAUGAUAAACAAAUUAUUAUUGUACGCGAUAAAGAGCUUGGACAAAUUAUUUAAAUUAAAAACAUUUCAGUUUUUAAGGGAAUUAAACUUAACUAGUGACUCUUAUAUCGACUACGAUUUUAUCGUAGUUUGGAUGUCGGGAAUAUUCGACGGAAUAUGCAAAUAUAUUCCACUGACUCUUUUAUAUUUAACGGAAAAUGGGAUUUUCGAUACGGAAUUGUUUAGUCUGUACUUAAUGUUUUGUGACGACAUCAUAGAUUUUGUUUGUAUUCGUUGUCCUGGUACACGAAACUAUACUAGAGGUAUAGUGCAGCACAGUGUGAAUUGUAUCAUAGAAUCGAUAAAAGACAAAUUAUUGUGGAAUUUUUAUACUGUAACAAAUACGAUUUCUGAAACCGAAAAUAUUAUCAACGAUACUUGCGUGGUUUUGGCCUUGAGUUACGUAAGAAAGGCUUACGAAAUCUUAACUGAGUACUAUGACGGACUAUCCGUUGAUGUGUGGACUACGUUUGAUUGGUUAAGUGGAAAAUACUUUCUCACCAAAGAGUAUUAUAGCAAUGCCGAAAUAGACGAACUUAAAGAAACGGAAAUAAAGGUAAACAACGUUACUAUGACUUUAUCGGAAGCAUACUAUUUAGUAUUACCAUUAAAUUCAAAUGUGAUUACCGUGUUAACUUUUCACAAUAUAAUUUUGUUUUAUUUGGAUAGACAAUUCAAUUUCUAUGUUUACCGACACGCAAAAACGAUAGUAUUAUACUUUGAAUUUAUAAAUACUGUCAAAAAAUCCACGUUAGACCGUUUGAAAGGGUCAUUGAGUUGGUAUAAAACCAUCAAAGUACCGUUUUAUAAAUACUUGAGUUUACCAGUCAAACACGAACCCAGGGUAGAUAUAAUCAAUAUAAUUACCGCAGUCGAAAAAUUAGAUAACUACAGCGAAGUGGUUAAAAUUAAAAUGACUAUUCCUGGUGAUAUUAACGGCGAAAUAAUCUCUUGGACCGACAAUGUACUUAAGGAUGCUAACAAUAUCGGUUACGUGAACGGUCUGAAUCAGUUAAUUAUGUCCAAUUGUUCGGAUGCUAUGCAUUUUUUUAACACCUUCAUGUCAAUUGUACAAACGUCGUUGUCAUCGGAUAAAGUAAUUGAUAAUGACACCAGUGAUAAUAGCAAUAAUGGUAAUAAUGACAAUUUAAAUGAUGUGUAUCAAAAACUCUGUUCAGAAAGCGUGAAUGAAAUUUUUUUCGAGAAGCUUAAUACUCCAGUUCGGAUGUUGAACUUCUUUAAGCGACGUUUGUCAAAUCGUGAUCAGAGCACAUAUAAAAGAACAACUGGACCAAGUUGAUUUUAAAAACCGGCUGUUUACGUUAGAUAUUUCGUAUCACAUCUAUUGUAAUACCUAUCCGUUCUUUAUUAUCAUACGAUAUUCUGUG